AUGGCGGACUUGGAUGAAGCCGCCGUCAACCUCCCGUCGAAUGACGCGACAGCGCAUCUCGAAGUCGACCUCUCCGAUGAGACACACGACUUUCGCAUGCUGAACCAUCUGUCCUCCCUGUCAGACAACUCCCAAGUCACUCUUCCCAAACGCGGGGAAAAGGACUUCGAACCAAAUCCGACGCUGUUCCAAGCCGAUAUCCUAUCUGCCUCCCGACAGGCGAUGCAUACUGCCCUUUCAUACCCACGAUUACACAAUCCUAAACAGAGAGUUAUCGGGAUUUAUGCGCCCAACGGACCUGCGCCGCCUGCGUCGCUGAAAUCGCUCGACGCUGUCGCAGAAGACUCACCCGUAACGGACCCUAUUACUACCGCAGUGGGAGUGCCGGCAGAUUCAUGCGUUUACGUCACAAACCCGAAGGGCCAGUUCUUUAAGACUAUGGGCCAGGCUGAUCGCUGGAACCGCGUGUGGCUGUUGCCAGAGGAGGCUUUGUACCUUCUUGAAAGAGGCAGUUUGGAUCUGAGGUGGCCUUGCUCCGCGGUAGGCUCCGGUGAUGAAGACAAUACCGAGGACUCUGGGAUACCGAUGAGCUUACAAGCUGCGUAUGCAUGCUUUAUUGGUCCAGGGGGAUUAACCAUUGACCAAUUCUCUGUCUUCACCGGACUCAGGCGCCUUGGCUAUACCCUCAUUCGAGCGCCGGGUUGGAGUGGCGCAGCUGCGGACACCAAGCCGCAGGAAGACUCGUACAGCAGCGGAUUAGCCAAGCGACAGGGACCGGGUUUAGUUGGUAUCUUCACCCGAUUUCUGAAAUGGCUUCGCGACUCCAGUCCAUCUACUGUAAUGGGACCUGUCGCUGGCCUUGGAUUUCACCACAGCUAUACUAUUCUGACAUGCUCCAAUAGACGAUAUUUAUCGCAAGCUUGCAAUAAUCCCAUACUACGACCCUGCUACGCCUUCGUCUCCUUCCCCACGUCCAGAAUUGCCUUAUGCUGUGGUUCAGCACCGCCCAGUCCCGAUUUCAGGGUGGCAGUUGUCAAUGCCCGGACUCACACCACCAUGCCCACAUUAUCCCAGCUUGGUACCCUACUUGAGAGUACACCUUUUGAUCCACCACAGAGCGACAAGCAGCUUUAUGUACGGCUGCGGCACGGAUAUAGAAAUGUCAUCUUAGCCGUGGUUGAUCAGGGUGUUCAAAAGUACUCGCACACUUUCUCCAGAACGAUUCCGCUGAGAUUUUCGAGGACGCAACGACCGGUUAUUGCUUCCGAAAAUUUACCUGUAGAAAGAAGAGAAACAGGCACUCCAUUCCACCACUCUUCGGAUCGUCUCUCCGGCCGCACUUGCAUGAUCACAGGAGGGAGCUCCGGGAUCGGAUUCGCUAUCGCACAGAGAUUCCUCCAAGAAGGUGCAGUGCGCAUUAUUCUCGUGGGGAGAUCUUACGCGCGUCUCGUCAACGCGGCCAUCUUAUUAGGGGGGCAUGCUCCAGAAAGCAUCCCUGUUAUUCAGUCAUACGACAAUACCAGUGACAUUGUGGCCACCCGCACGCCAGAAGAAGACCAGAAUCAAGGGCAGGAUUUGACAUCCAAUAGAUUUAUCAACCCAGGUACCUUGAUUGACUCGUCAGACCGGGUGAGUCUUCUCGUGGGGGAUAUAUCCGAAGCUGCGUCCUGGAGUCGAGAACUGGAGAAUGCAAUGAAAAACGUCGACAUCCUCGUCAACGCCGCUGGAAUCUCCGUAUCCAGCGUGCUCCCCAAAACAGACCCAAAGGACAUCUCCCAGAUUCUGCGCACAAACCUCGAGGGCUCUCUACUCACCUCCCGCGCCUUACUCCGCGCUUCAAUCCGCAACAGAAUGAAAAACCGCUCCACCCCCAGUCCCUCAGAUCCUCCCCCCCGCUCUUCCAAGUGCAUUAUCAAUAUUUCUUCCCUGUUAGCUCUCAAAGGCGGCACAGGGGCCGUUCCCUACGCCGCAUCCAAGGCCGGUAUCCUGGGUCUUACCCGCUCGCUAACGGUAGAAGCGGCGAGUUCUCUUCGCGACCAGCCUAUUCGGUCGAAUGUGAUCGUUCCGGGGUAUAUUGAGACCCCUAUGAUUGCGGACUUCAGUGACAGGGAAAGCUCCAAGCUCAAAGAAGAUAUUCCACUCAGACGGUUCGGACAGCCGCAGGAAGUCGCAGAUGCGGCUGUAUUCCUGGCUCAGAAUGAAUAUGCAAAUAACUGUGUUAUUAAUUUGGAUGGAGGGCUUAGCGCUUUAUAAUGGAAAGUAAACGUAGUUACUAGAAUUGGACGGCGUUGGGUCGUAUAUUUUUUUUCUGUUAUUUAUCAGAAGAACGGGGAUAAUACUACCAGUAGUAACAAAGUUAAAGGGCUAUGUGGAACGUUAUAUACUCCG